AAAUUACUAGCCAACGGCAUCUCAAGUCAUUUUAGAGUGAACCUGACGAGUAGAAUUUCUCUCUCCACCUGUCUGUGUGUGUACUCAGAAGACAGAAACCUCAAUUGAUCGAUCAGAUCCGUCAUGGAUUUUUCAAAUCUGUAUUCGCUGAAGACCCACCAAAUCUCAAGGUCCCUUGCAGAAUGUCGGGCAAGUCAUUGACGAGGUCGGCAGCACUGUACUGAAAGGAACCGCCCAGAUCAUCUCCCAAGUUAAGAACGCGAUCCUUUCCGUUGAUCUCUAAUCCGAUUCUGAUAACAACAGUGGUAGCAAUCCUAAUUAUUAUAGUACCCUACAGAGCUUAAAUUCUAAGCCGUACAGUAGGUUUGGGACCCUUUCCUGUGAAAUCUCUCUCUUUUCUCGCCCUUUCUCAUCUGCAUUCUUUGACUUGUUUGGGGCUUUUUCCUUCAUCAAAUCAAGACCACAGCUUCCAAUUUCCACCAUUUUUGGCAUCUCUCAAUCUUGUCGGGAGGAACUUUCAUGUGCUGCUAUUUUCCAGGUUUCCACCAUUUUCUCUUUGGAUUGAGUUUCUUUCUAAAGUUUUUGGGCGCUCGGAUUUUUUUAGAAUUUUCUUUCUGGUACAAGUCUUUCCGAGGGGUUUGUGGCCAUGAUGAUUGCGCAAAAGCAGAGCCAUACUAUGUUUUUCGUUUUCAUUAAAAUGACUUGAGAUGCCCUUGACUACUUAAUUUUUGACAUCCGUAACCACCACCAUUAAAUGGCGUCUUUCUGCAGGUAAAUAAAAAGAAUAAAAGAAUAAAAGAAAGACAUGUAAGGUGUGCAGUGUCAGCAUGAACAGUAGGCUGACGAGUAGAAUUUCUCAUAUAUUUCUGUUCCAAUUUAGCACAGCCCUAGUCCGUCUUCCUCUCAUCCUUCCUCCCUUGUGUACCUUUACCUCCUCCUGAGCUUCAAUCAGCCGCUUCUCCCACAAAGCUUCAUCGUCACCCCUCUCUCUCUCUCUCUCAACAAAUCGGUGUUCAUUUUCUAUAACCUCUUUCUAGUUGAGCGAUUUGAAUAUGAACAUGAUUAAAUCGUUGUAAAAGUUGGUGUUCGAUUUGCUUGUAAACUAUUAAGAGAAUUUUGAUGGAUUCCAAUAAUUGGAGGCCCACCUCAGGCCAAGGCCCUGUAGGAGCGAUAGGAGGUGGAGGAGGAGUAGGAGAACCCACCAUGGACGCCCGCGAUUGGAGGACCGAAUUGCAGCCCGAUGCUCGGCAAAGAAUUGUCAGCAAAAUUUUCCUUGUGCCUGUAUGGCUGGUUACUUAUUAAGGAUAUCUCUUAUGUUGGUAGAAUGGAUACACUGAAGAGGCAUCUACCCUUUUCUACUCAAGAAGGUUUACAGGAACUCAGGGAAAUGGCUAUCAGUUUUGAGGAAAAGACUUUUACUGCUGCCACAAGUCAGGGAGACUACCUACGAAAAAUAUCUCUAAAGAUGCUUCCAAUGGAAACGAAGUCUCAGAAUCCUCCAGCCAAUUCUUUGCCGUCCAACUCUGCUGGCAAUGGCAAUAGGCCCCCAGAUCUGGGCCAAGGCCCUGUAGGAGGGAUAGGAGGUGGAGGAGGAGUAGGAGAACCCACCAUGGACGCCGGCGAUUGGAGGACCGAAUUGCAGCCCGAAGCUCGGCAAAGAAUUGUCAGCAAAAUAAUGGAUACAUUGAAGAGGCAUCUACCCGUUUCUGGUCAAGAAGGUUUACAGGAACUCAGGAAAAUAGCUAUCAGGUUUGAGGAAAAGAUUUUUACUGCUGCCACAAGUCAGGGAGACUACCUACGGAAAAUAUCUCUAAAGAUGCUUACAAUGGAAACAAAGUCUCAGAAUCCUCCAGCCAAUUCUUUGCCGCCCAACUCUACUGGCAAUGGCAAUAAGCCCCCAGAUCCGGGGAUGUCUGGUAUGCAAUCCCAACUUCACAAUCAAGGGCAACCACUUCCUAUCCCACUUUCAGCUAAUCCGUCACAAUCACGGCAACUGUUAUCGCAGAACAUUCAGAAUAGCGUUUCGUCUGCUGGAGUUCAAGCCACUCCAACUUUACCAUCUGCACUGCCUCCUGCCUCUAGCAUAAACCAGACUUCUAUCCCAAAUGCUGUCAGCCAGAAUACCAAUGUGCAGAAUAUAUCUGGAACUUCACAGAACUCAGUGGGGAAUUCAAUGGGUCAGGGGAUUCCCUCCAACAUGUUUGCAAAUAAUCCGCGGCAAAUGCAAGGAAGACAACAAGUUGUUUCCCAGCAGCAGCAGCAGCAACAGCAACAGUCACAGAAUCCACAGCAGUAUAUGUACCAACAGCAGUUACAACAACAUUUCUUGAAGCAGAAGUUCCAGCAGGCAAACAUCCCACAUUCACUUGUGCAAUCUCACAUUCAGCAACAGCAAAAUCUAUUGCAAACCAAUCAGAUGCAAUCUCCUCAGCAAUCGGUCAUGCAAACAUCAUCUGUCAUGCAGCCUUCUCUCUCUGGUCUUCAGCAGAAUCAGCAGCCAUCUAUUCAACAGGCGACACAUUCCAUGCUUCAGCAACAUCCGCCUUCAGUUCUUAGGCAGCAGCCGCAACAGGCAGCUGUUAUUCAUCCACAGCAAGCACCAAUGCAGCAUCAGUCAAUAUUGCCUCCACAGCAGCCAAAUGCUGCAAAUAUGCAACAGAACCAAUUAAUUGCACAACAGAGUGUGGUUGGGGACAUGCAACAGCAACAGAGGUUGCUUGGCCAGCAGAAUAAUCUUCAGACUAUGCAGCAGCAACAGCACCAACAACAAUUAAUGGCUCAGCAAAACAACUUCUCUAGUAUGAAUCAGCAACAGUUGGGCUCUCAAAGUACUGUUUCUGGAUUACAACAGCAGUUACUUGGAGCUCAGUCUGUUAACUCAAGUAUGCAAACUACUCAGCAUGCAGUACACAUGCUACCGCAGUCCAAAAUUCCAGUGCAGCAACCACCACAACAAAGCACAUCUAGUUUGUUAGCAACUCAAGUACAGCCAUCGCAAUCACAACCACAGCCUCCACAGCAGCAAUUGAUGUCUCAGAUUCAGUCACAACCUUCACAAUUGCAACAACAGUUGGGUAUGCAACAGCAGUCAAAUUCAUUACAAAGGGAUAUGCAGCAAAGGCUUCAAGCAUCAGGUCAACCAUCGAGUACCUUACUUCAACCACAGAAUGCACUUGAUCAGCAGAAGCAGUUAUAUCAAAGAGCCGUUCCAGAUACAUCGUCGACAUCUCUUGAUUCGACAUCUCAGACAGGGAAUGCAAAUGGGGGUGAUUGGCAAGAGGUCUAUCAAAAGAUCAAAGCUUUGAAGGAGACGUACUUGCCUGAAUUAAAUGAAAUGUACCAGAAAAUCGCUAUAAAAUUGCAGCAGCAUGAUUCUCUCCCACAACAACCAAAGUCAGAGCAGCUUGAGCGGUUUAAAAUGUUUAAGGCUAUGUUGGAGCGUAUUAUUGCAUUCUUACAGGUUUCCCAAAGCAAUACAUUACCCAAUUGUAAGGAGAAGUUGGUAUUCUAUGAGAAGCAGAUAUUAAAUGUUGUAAACACAAACAGGCCCAGGAAGCCUGUUUCCUCACUGCAGCAAGGACAGCUUCCCCCGUCUCACAUGCACUCCAUGCAGCAAUCACAAUCUCAAAUUACUCAAAUUCAGCCCCAUGAAAGUCAAAUGAACCCUCAGUUGCAAUCAAUGAGCUUACAAGGUUCUGUGGCGACAAUGCAGCAGAACAGUAUGACAAGCUUGCAGCAUAAUUCUAUGUCUUCUUUAUCUGGGGUUUCGACCACACAGCAAAACAUGAUGAACUCAUUGCAGCCUGGUACCAAUUUGGACUCAGGACAGGGCAAUACAAUGAGCCAAGUACAGCCGGUGGCUAUGGGGUCUCUACAACAAAACCCUGUGACUUCUUCCCAACAGGCAAACGUCAGCACCUUGUCCUCGCAGAGUGGAUUAAAAGGGCUACAGCCAAACAUCAAUCCUCUUCAGUCAAAUUCCAAUAUCCUUCAACAACAGCAUCUGAAACAACAGCAGGAACAGCAAAUGCUGCAGGCACAACAAAUUCAUCAGCGUCAGAUGCAGCAUCAAUUGAUGCAGAAGCAGCAAAUAAUGCAACACCAACAACAGCAGCAGCAUCAACAGCAGCAGCAGCAGCAGCAGCAUCAACAGCAGCAGCAGCAGCAUCAGCAACAGCAGCAUCAGCAACAGUUACACCAACAACCAAAGCAGCAGCUGGCAGCACAGUUGCAUACACACCAAAUUUCCCAGAUUCAUCAAAUCAAUGAUGUAAGUGACCUUAAAAUGAGACAGGGGUUGGGUGUUAAGCCAGGGGUCUUUCAGCAACAUCUAUCUGCAGGCCAGCGUGCUGCUUAUUCCCACCAACAGUUAAAAUCAGGAGGUUCAUUUCCUAUAUCUUCACCCCAACUCCAGGUUGCGUCCCCACAGAUACUGCAACACUCUUCUCCACAGAUUGAUCAGCAAAAUGUCUUAUCAUCCCUCACUAAAGUUGGAACACCUCUGCAAUCAGCAAGCUCACCUUUUGUUGUCCCAUCUCCUUCUACUCCUUUGGCUCCUUCUCCUAUGCCUGGGGAUGCUGAGAAACCUAUUUCUGGUGUUUCUUCACACUCAAAUGCUGGAAAUAUUGGGCACCAACAGACAAGUGGUGUGGGAGCACCAGUUCCAUCCCUUGCCAUUGGCACCCCUGGGAUAUCGGCCUCACCUUUGCUCGCUGAGUUUACUGGUCAAGAUGGCACUCUGGGCAAUGCUUUGAUGAAUGUUUCUGGAAAGUCAAGCAUUACAGAACAACCUCUUGAACGUUUAAUUAAAGCGGUAAAAUCAAUGUCACCUAAAGCAUUGAGUGCCUCUGUUAGUGACAUUGGUUCAGUUGUGAGCAUGAUUGAUAGGAUAGCAAGUUCAGCACCAGGUAAUGGAUCCAGGGCUGCUGUUGGUGAGGAUUUGGUUGCCAUGACAAAGUGCCGCCUCCAAGCAAGAAAUUUCAUCACACAAGAUGGAACCAAUGGGACAAGGAAAAUGAGGCGCUACACAAGUGCCAUGCCCUUAAGUGUUGUUUCGUCAGCUGGCAGUAUGAAUGAUAAUUUCAAGCAGCUGAUGGGUUCAGAGACGUCUGACCUGGAGUCAACUGCAACUUCUAGUGUCAAGAGGCCUAGGAUCGAGGCUAAUCCCGCCCUUUUAGAAGAAAUAAGGGAGAUAAACCAGGGACUUAUUGACACAGUUGUUGAUAUCAGUGAUGAAGAUGUCGAUCUUACUGCCACAGCUGCUGCUGCUGACGAGGGUGAAGGAACCAUUGUCAAGUGCUCUUUCAUUGCCGUGGCUCUCAGUCCAAACUUGAAAUCUCAGUACACUUCUGCACAAAUGUCACCGAUUCAGCCAUUAAGAUUGCUUGUUCCCUCAAAUUAUCCAAAUUGCUCCCCGAUUCUCUUGGACAAAUUUCCAGUUGAAGUCAGUAAGAAGUAUGAAGAUCUUUCGGUGAAGGCAAAGUCGAGGUUUAGCAUAUCUUUACGAACCCUUUCACAACCCAUGUCGCUUGGCCAGAUAGCAAGGACUUGGGAUGUUUGUGCUCGAGCGGUUAUUUCCGAGCAUGCACAGCAGAGUGGCGGGGGUACUUUCAGCUCAAAAUAUGGGACUUGGGAGAACUGCUUGAGCGCUGCAUGACCAUCUUUGUGGGUUGUAGACCCACACAAAGUUACCAUUGCUAGAGUUUGCUACAAUCAACCUUUGAUGCAGAGUUUGCUGCAGCUGCGACUGGCAAACAGUUUUUGAAAAUAAGACUUACAUUAGCUGCCAUGCUUAUCAAGGGAUAUAGACGUAGGUAGUUGUUUGUAGAGAAGUUUGUCAAUUGUCAACUUCAAUCUUCCUGGAUUGAAGACGAGACUUGGUUUAAUAAUGUAUAUUGUAGAACACAGAAUUAAUACCGCAUUAUAGAAAUGUAUUCUGGCUUGUUUCGUGUUGUAAGCACGCAGCAGUCUGUAAUUUUUGCCAGUUCUAAGGAUAUUUCAAGUAUAUUAUAUAUUU